AUGGCCAUUUAUCCCGUGAAAGCUAUUAUGCUGGAAACAAUCAAUUAUCACCUGGGUUUUCUCAUUUCAGAUUGGGAGGGCAUUGACAGGAUCUGUGAGCCACAAAAGCCUCGAGGGUCGGAUUAUCGCUAUUGCAUUGCACAAUCAGUAAAUGCAGGAAUGGACAUGAUUAUGAUACCUCACAGGUUUGAGAAAUUUUUGGACGAUAUUGUGUUCUUGGUGGAGACGGGGGAGAUACCAAUGUCUCGGAUUGAUGACACUGUUGAGCGAAUUCUGAGGGUUAAAUUUAUUUCUGGAGUGUUUGAGCAUCCAUUUUCAGACCAAUCUCUACUGGACAUAGUUGGCUGUAAGGAACAUCGAUUACUAGGGCGUGAGGCUGUUCGCAAGUCUUUGGUACUUCUGAAAAAUGGCAAGGAUCAGAAGGAGCCAUUCCUUCCAUUGGCCAAAGAUGCAAAAAGAAUACUGGUUGCAGGAACACAUGCUGACGAUAUUGGAUAUCAAUGUGGGAUCCGUUUGGCCGGAGGUUUUGAGGAGAUGGAUGACGAGGACUACUCGUGGGUGCGGCGCACCAGGUUCUCGCAGUCCAUCGUCAGGUCCAGCUCCGGCAGGGAGCAGUAUGGCGCGUUCAUCGAGCAGUUCAGUCGUGGCGCCGAGCUGAGGCAGAAUGGGUUGGGCACAGGGUACAAGCACCCUCGCCAGAAGGGGGUCGUCGGCCUGAACUUGGACAUUCCUCAGCGGCAUGUGGUUCGGCCAUCCAAGGAGAGCCCAGACGCGCUGGAUUUUUCUUUCCACUCGGACAAGCACAGCCAGAGGCUCCAGAGAGUGUGUUCCAGCCCGGCUCCUUUCUUUAUGAAGGAUGCAACAGCAACAGCUGAUUCAUGUCAUUCUCUUUUCCAGCUUGGUUAG